UACGUAGCAAGCAAAAAUAGCAAGACCAAAAAAAAGUAAUCUAGAAAAGUGCGAAAAGAGACGUGAAGUGUUACGAUACUGUCGAUUAUUUUCAGGUUUUGUGAUUGUGAAAACUAUUUAAUUUUGCAAGUUUAUGAAAAUACUUUAUAUGGAUUGUCGUGUGUAACGCAAAUAUAUUGUACGCGAAAUGAUUAUUGAAAACCCAGACGCUUUCAAAUCAUGGUUGACGUCCAUAUUGGAACCCCUUUGCGAUGCGGAUCCCGCAGCAUUGGCAAAGUAUGUGUAUGCGUUAGUGAAGAAGGAUAAGCCAUUGGAUGAGCUCCGAGAAGGCAUGCUUGACCAACUAGAUGUUUUCCUGCAACAGGAGACAAAGCCAUUUGUAGACAUGCUGUUCAAGUCAUUGGAGAGCCUGGAGUACUUGAAAAGCAACCCGGAGAAGCCUCCCAGUCCUCAGCUUGAUGCUAAAGAGAAUGAAAAACCUUUAGAUGUGGAAGAGCAACCGGCUUGCGCUACGACGGCCUCCGCGCCGGGGGCGAAGUCCCCUGCGGGUGCGAGUGCGGGGGCGGCGGCGCCCGCGCUGGCCGCGGAGGCGCCGCGUCACCGCCUCGUGGUGCCGCGGGCGCGCGGACCACAUCAGGAGCAGACCCUUGUUAAGGUGAUGCCUUUGACGGAAUUACUAGAAGAACCAUUAUUGGAUCAACCGCCGCGGAGACGAGAUCGUAGAAGUGAUUCUCUCCGUGACAAGGAGGAGCGACGUCGGCGUCGUUCCCGGUCGUGGGAGCGGCGUGCGCGGCCGCGGCGGCACGUGCGCGAGCCCGAGCACGCCGCGCACGCGCCGCACCUCGCACACGUGCCGCACGUGCCCCACGUGCCACACGCACCACACGCACCACACGCCAAUGACGCACGGAGGUACGACAGGAGACGAGCCCUGUCGCGGUCCCCGUCGCCGCGCGGCCGCUACAGGAACAGAAGUCCGCCGCCGGCGCUCCUUGAGAGACAGCCGACCAGGUCUAGAUCAAGGUCACCAGUGCCACUCCGGGAUAGAGAUUACGAUCGGGAAAGAGAAAGACUGCGCAUUCCCCGCGAGAUGGAGAGAGACAGAAUGUCGAGGGACCGCGAACACAGAGAUAGAGUGUCCAGAUCCAGAGAUAGGGAUCGGUCACGUGAUAGGUCCCGCGACAGGUCCCGCGGCUCCACCUCGCCCCGGCUAGAGGUACCUGAUGCCUACAAGAGACGCUGUAGAGACUAUGACGAAAAAGGUUACUGCAUGCGCGGCGACUUCUGUGAGUGGGAUCACGGCACCGACCCCCUCGUGCUGGAGGACGCCACGCUAUCCAGAGUGCUGCCCAUACAGCCGCCAGUGCCCGAGUAUAAUCCACUAACACCGGACAUCUGGUGCGGUGCGGGUUUCCCUCCAUUCGGUGCGCACGCGCACGCGCACGCUCUGCCGCACCACGCGCUGCCGCCGCCGCACGCGCCGCACGCCGCGCUCGCCGCACACGCCGCGCACGCUGCGCACGCGCCGCACCCGCCCAGGGAGCUCGUGCCCAUACCCAGAGUGCGUCAUGAGAACCGAACGGAGGCGAGGGCAGAGCCCCGCAACGACGUGAGGACGGAGGCGCCGCCUGCGCCUAGACAUGAACGACCACCGCCAAAGAAGAACUUUGAUUACCACCGUUUGGGAGCUCGUGCGCCCCUGGCGGGCAACGCGGGCAACUGCUCGCUGGAGGUGAAGAAGGUGCCGCGCGGACUGAACGACAUCACACAUCUCAACAACCAUUUCAGCAAAUUCGGAAAAAUCGUUAACAUACAAGUGAGUUUCGAAGGCGACCCCGAGGCGGCGCUUAUAACGUUUUCCAACCCGACUGAGGCUAACGUCGCCUACAAGAGCACUGAGGCUGUGCUUAACAACAGGUUCAUCAAGGUCUUCUGGCACAACCCAGAGAACAAGCAGGAGAACAUGGCGCCGAGCGGCGGGCAUGCCGGCGGACAGGCUGGCAAGCAAGCAGACAGACAGAACUCGCAUCACCCCAUGUCGCACAACAAGGUGCUCAUUAACAGGGACAACAUCAAGGCCACCGCCGACAACAAGCACGCGACACAACCUGAAAAGCCUAAAGAGAUAACGAACGGUCAAGAACCAAAGAAGGAAGCAGUGAAGCCUAUAGAGAAGAACAAGCAGUUGCUGGACGUACAGAAGCGUUGCCAGGCGCUGCUGCAGACGCAGCUGCAGCAGCAGCGGCUGCUCAUACAGCGCCUGGAAUCCGGCAACGUGAGCGCGGCGCAGAAGCCGGUGCUGCUGGAGGCCAUCAACUCUGCGCAGGAGGCGAUAGAGAAGCUGCGGAACGAGCUCAACUUCACCAUGAAGCAGUUACAGGAAGAGAGCGUGGCGCGGUCGAUGUCGCGGCUGCAGCUCGCACAGGUGAAGAAGCCGAAGACGCGGGAGGAGGCGCAGAAGGAGAUCCUGGACGCUGAACUUGACAUGUUCACUAAGCAACAGGAGGGCCAGGAUGUGACGGAGCUGCUGAAGAGGAUCGCGGAGCUGCGGCGGCAGAUGGCGCUGCAGUUCCCCACGCAUCCUGUCAUCAGGAGGGGACAUUCUAGGGGUGGUAGGUUCACUAGCAGCCGGUUCGUGCGUGGCGGUAUGGGCGGUGUGGGCGGGGCGGGUGGUGUGGGUGGUGUUGGUGGCGCGGGCAAGGCCUUCAGCGUCAACCAGAGCAUCGACCACCGGCCGCGGGCGUUGCUCGUCUCCGGCUUCGAGCCUGACGAGCUGGACACGCUACUCGCGCACUUUGCGCAAUUCGGCGAGGUGACGGGCAAGGAGGUGAACCUGGCGGUGCCGGAGCUGGUGCUGCAGUUCCGCGCGCGCGCCAUGGCCGAGCUGGCGCUGCAGCGCGCGCGACACUACAACGACCGCACUCUCUCCAUAACGUGGGUAACGAAUAACAAGCCGAUAGGAGCGAGCCAGCCCGCGCCGCAGGUGCAGAACGGAGACACGACAGUCGAUGAACCUAAGGAGAACGAGAAGCAUCAGAACGAGGAGACGCUGCUGCGCUUCGACGAGGAGGAGGAGGAGGAUGCAGAGGAGGAUCGCUCCUGGAGACGUUGACGCCGCGCCGGCCGCUAGCGGCGGCUCCCGCGUCAUCUCGCGUCACGCUGACACGCUGCGUCACGUCGCGUCACGCUACGUCACGCUACGUCACGCUGCGUCACGUCACUUGUAUAUACACGUAGCUUUGUACAGCGGCGUAGCGUUCGAUAGCAAUAUAACUGUUAUUUAACUACAUAUCUAUUUUACAGCGAGUUCUCGUUCACAAAACGUGUCUUACAUGUUUCUAUGUAAAUGUUUUGUCAGUGAAAACUCUGAUAGGUUUAUUAUAAUGUGCUGUUAACACCAAUUAUGUAUACAAUAUAAUCCGAGUAACUAAAUUUAAUCAUUCGUAUAACAUCUUUACAAUUUUUACGUAUUUUAAUAUAUAGCGGUUAACGUAUUUGGGUUUUUAGAUGUAAUAAGUUACGGUUAAGUUGUGGGGACGCGUGCUUUGUAGGGAGGGUGCUUAGGUCGCGCUGGAAGCCUUUACGAUGUUAUCUUAUGUCACUAGUUACAUAUGUAGUUAUGUGUAAGGUAAUUGUUCAGAAUUAGAUGAUAGCUUAUGUAUUGAUUCAAUUGGUUUAUUAUCGGUUUCAUAUUAUUUAAAAGACGGAAAUAACGUAUUAAUACAUAUAAAUAUAGAAUCCGAUUAUUUUAAAGUUGUUUGAUUUCUUGUAAAGUGCCUUUAGAGAAAUAAACUGUUUACAAUAUCGAUUAAUUCUGAACAAUAAUAAGUAAAUAAUUUCUAAAUAAUUAAAAAGUAUAGCUUAGUUACGCUGUUCUCUGAACAUUACCUCGUUGGAAGCAAUAAAUAGAUGGUAGGUGUUAUGUACUAAGUUAUGUACUUAGCAACUUAGCAUCUAAGUAUGACGGUUAAGUAUAGUAAAGUCAUCAAGUUAUCGUUAAUUUCGUGUCACAGACAAGGUAUCGCGUUCGCGGAAGUUUUAAAUGCCUUAAUCAAUAGUUUUACGGUUGCAUUGACAGUUUUACGGCGACAUGGGAAAAUUGACGUUAAAUAUCGUUGGUAGGGGAAAAUCCUUUUUUUUACGUCUCUUCGAUUUUCAUUUUAGAACUUCGAACUUAAAAUUAUUUUACUAUGAAAAAAUAGUUUCUCUGUUUUUUUUAAAUAACUCAAAAUCUGUAUAUAUCUUGAAAAAUACAAUUCCAAUUAUACGUAUGUUAAAUUGACAUUACAAAUUUUAAAGCUUUAUUUGACGUCAGUUUUUCUAAUGUCUAGUCGGCUCAUUAGUAUAACAAUUUGUAAUUAAUCGAGCAACGCCGCGUGUCAACGUUAUCUUAAUCGGAUAUAUAGACUGAUAGAUGUACAAAAUUCUACAUGAAAUCAAGUAAAAUGUAAUAUUUGUAAGAUAUAACUUAAGUAAAGGCGUUCCCUUGUCUCCUCGAUUAUAACUUAUGCAAAAACAUCUUUAAUACGUCAAAACGGUACUUCAAUUGAGUAUAUAACCGUGGGCUUUCACUGUACUAGUACAGAUACAUUGUUUCACAAUUUUAAGUAUGAAUAAGUGAGAUUUUUUUAUAACAUAAGUUGGCAAACGAGCAAGCGGCCACAUGAAUCCACCUAAAUGGAAAGCAACUGCUGCC